AUGGCAUCGUCAACUACUACCACCAAGACCACCAAGGAGGAGAAGCCGGUGCAGUCCAAGCCAAGAACCCUGGCAGACAUGUCCGAGAGCAUCGACCAAGCCACAUUCGAACAGAUCCUCGAAAUGGACGAUGAGGACGAGCACGAGUUCAGCCAGGGUAUUGUGUACGGCUUCUUUGAGCAAGCCGAAACCACUUUCGACAAGAUGGAGAAGGCCCUCGAAGAGAAGAAACUCGGCGAGCUGUCGUCGCUAGGCCACUUCCUUAAAGGCUCUUCGGCCACUAUCGGGCUCACCAAGGUCAAGGACGCAUGCGAGAAGAUCCAACACUAUGGAGCGGGCAAGGACGAAUCGGGAACCAACGACGAGCCAGAUGAGGAGGUGUCUCUCGAAAAGAUCGAAAAGACGCUGGCGACCGCUAAGAAGGAUUACAAGGAAGUAGAGACUUUCUUCCGCCGGGACUACUAUCAUGAUGAUGAGACGCCCUCGUCCCCCGAAGAACCCAAGAAGGACGCCAAAGCAUAG